UGACCUCUGACCUUCAGUGACCCCUGACCUUCAGUGACCCCUGACCUUCAGUGACCCCUGUCUUCCUGUUGCAGGUGUGUCUGUGCUGCUGCUGUCUGGACUGACUGAUUCUGCAGAUUCUCAUGUUAUUCUGGAGAUUCCUGCACUUCCUGUGAUGGCAGGAAGUGAUGUCACUCUGCGCUGUAGAACCAAAGAUCAGGUCGCACUCGAAGCCUUUUUCAUCAGGGAUGGUUCUAAACUUGGAUCUGGACCUGAAGGACAGUUUACCAUCAGGAACAUCAGUCAGUCUGAUGAAGGUCUCUACUGGUGUUAUUUUGAUCACACUGCUGAAUCUCCUCGGAUAUGGCUGAGUGUCAGAGAUUCUCAGGUUAUUCUGGAGAUUCCUGCACUUCCUGUGGUGGCAGGAAGUGAUGUCACUCUGCGCUGUCGAAGCAAAGAUCUGGUCACCCUCGAAGCCUUUUUCAUCAGGGAUGGUUCUAACAUUGGAUCUGGACCUGAAGGACAGUUUACCAUCAGGAACAUCAGUCAGUCUGAUGAAGGUCUCUACUGGUGUUAUUUUGAUCAGACUGCUGAAUCUCCUCGGAGAUGGCUGAGUGUCACAGGUCAGGACACUGACAUCACUUCCUGUUUAUAUGACAUGAACUAACC